GUUGACAACACGACAAAGGAGACCGUGCAGAAGCUGCCGCUGAUGUCGGCGCGUGUCACCCUCCGAAAUUUCCCGCGGUGCAGGUGCAAGCCGGCCCGCGCGACGGCGACGAGAAGAGUACAUGGCGCUGAUCGCGUACCAAAAGGUGAACAAGGAGGCUGGAAACGAGUGGUUCACCAUCGAGUCCAACAAGACUGGCACCCGAUGGACUGGCAAGGCGCACUCCACAGAGCCGCACCCGGAGGGGCGAGGGUGUGGACCUUCCACGAGCAUAAAAAGUACGAGUUCGACCUCGAGUUCGACCUGCCGGUGGCUUACCCCUCCACGCCGCCCGAGCUCGCGCUGCCCGAGCUCGACGGCAAGACAGAGAAGAUGUAUCGCGGGGGGAAGAUCUGCCUUGACGUCCACUUUGCGCCGCUUUGGUCCAAAAACACGCCGAGGUUCGGGAUCGCGCACGCGAUGGCGCUUGGCAUGGCCCCGUGGCUCGCCGUUGAGAUUCCGAGCCUGGUCUCGCUGGGGAGGAUCAAGGAGAAGGAGGGGGAGGGAAGCUGAGAGAGCUGGGACAGAGCUUGUAUGGCUUGUCCCGUGAUUUGCUGCGUGUUUUGAUUAUUUGGCUCCUUCUUUGUCACAC